AUGUCACCCGAUGAAAAAUGGUGGAAGAAUGCCAUCAUCUACCAGGUCUACCCAGCCAGUUUCAAAGACUCGAACAAUGACGGGAUCGGCGAUAUCCCGGGUAUCAUAUCGCAACUCGAUCAUAUCGCUAGCCUAGGGGUAGAUGUUGUCUGGCUCUGUCCCAUGUACGACAGUCCGCAACAUGAUAUGGGCUAUGAUGUCUCCGAUUACGAGAAGGUGUAUCCUCCUUAUGGAACGGUUGAGGACAUGGAGACCUUGAUCGAUGCUUGUCACCGUCGUGGACUACGCAUCAUCCUAGACUUGGUGGUCAACCAUACAUCGCACGAGCAUAGAUGGUUCAAAGAAUCCCGAUCCUCGAAAGACAGUCCCAAGCGAGACUGGUAUAUCUGGAGACCGGCCAAGUACGAUGCCAAUGGCGAUCGGAAACCCCCAAAUAAUUGGCGCAGUGUGUUCGGAGGCAGUGCUUGGGAAUGGGACCAGACAACACAGGAGUACUAUCUGCAUUUGUUCCUUGCCGAACAGCCUGAUCUCAACUGGGAGAACCCUGAAGUACGACAGGCCGUCUACGCCUCAGCCAUGGAAUUCUGGCUCAAAAAAGGCGUCGAUGGGUUCAGGGUCGAUACAGUGAACAUGUACAGCAAGGAUCCGUCAUAUCCCGAUGCCCCCAUCGUCAACCCCAAAUCAGACACCCAGGUUGCCUUCUCCUUAUUCUGCAACGGACCGCGCAUUCACGAGUAUCUGCGCGAGAUGAACGAAGUGCUGGCCAAGUAUGACGCCAUGACUGUCGGCGAGCUGCCAGAGACACAUACGCUCGAGGGAGUGCUGCGGUAUGUAUCCGCCGCCGAGAAGCAGCUCAACAUGGUUUUCUCGUUUGACGUCGUAGACCUCGGUUUGGGCAAAGAUUACAAGUUCCUGACCACACCGCGCGGGUGGACCUUGGCCGACCUCAAGGCAGCGAUCAAGCGCACCCAGGACAUCCUCAAGGGAACCGAUGGCUGGACCACGGUUUUCAUCGAGAAUCACGACCAGGGCCGCUCUGUCUCUCGCUUUGGCUCAGACAGAACGCCUGAGCUCCGCGAAUCGUCUGCAAAGAUGCUUGCCAUGUUCCAGUGCACACUGUCCGGCACACAGUUCAUCUAUCAAGGGCAGGAAAUCGGCAUGGUCAAUGCCCCGGAAGAAUGGCCUAUCGAGGAGUACAAGGACGUCGACAGUACCAAGUACUAUUACAUGGUGCGCGAAAUGACGAACAACGACCCCGUACAGAUGAAGACGGCCAUGAAGGCUCUACAGCACCUGGCUCGAGACCACGCCCGACUUCCGAUGCAGUGGAGCGCAGCAGCCAAUGCGGGGUUCUCUCAUCCGUCCUCAAAGAAGCCGUGGAUGCGUCCCCAUGACAACCACAAGGAGGUCAACGUGCAGGUGCAGCAAGAUGACCCGCCUUCCGUCCUGUCAUUCUGGAAGCAGAUGAUUCAGCUGCGGAAAGAGUACUCUGAUUUCUUCGUGUUCGGGAUCUUCGAGCUCUUGGACGAGGGCAACCAGAGAAUCUUCAGUUAUCUCAAGACUUCCAAAGAGCAGUGUAUGCUGGUCGUGUUGAACUUUUCCGAAGAGCUGCAACCAUUCCGGAAUCCCAUGGGGCUCCAGAACCGGAAUUUAAGGCUGUUGGUUAGCAACAUUGGCAAGACUGUAAGCGAGGAGUGGGAGUUGCAGCCAUAUGAGGGGCGGAUAUUUGCAGUUGAGGCUAUACCUAAUUGA